GCCGGGAGGGUAUAAAACUAGACAGGCGGCGCGUAGUACGUCAGUCUGGCAGCUACCGGCAAAUAUAAAGAAUUCGGUGAAGCGGGUUUAAAGGCUGAUUCCGAAACCGACUGUUGCCUUCUACAUUGGAUUUAUAUAUUUUUCUUGUUAAAAGAAAAACGCAUUCCAUGGUAGCAAUGAAGCUGUUAGGAAUUCUCUUGCUGGUUAUUGCCAGCACUUUUGCAGAUGAUGAUGACAAGAAGGAAGAGGUUGGCACCGUGAUUGGCAUUGAUUUGGGAACAACUUAUUCAUGUGUUGGUGUAUUCAAGAAUGGACGUGUCGAGAUUAUUGCCAAUGAUCAGGGUAACCGAAUCACACCGUCUUAUGUAGCUUUUACUCCAGAAGGUGAACGUUUGAUUGGAGAUGCUGCCAAGAAUCAGUUGACUUCCAAUCCUGAAAAUACAGUGUUUGAUGCCAAGCGUCUGAUUGGUCGCACUUGGAAUGACCCAUCUGUACAACAGGAUGUCAAGUAUCUGCCUUUUAAGGUUGUUGAAAAGAAAACCAAACCCUAUAUAGAAGCCGAUGUUAAUGAUCAGAGAAAGACCUUUGCUCCAGAAGAAAUCUCUGCUAUGGUUCUCACUAAGAUGAAAGAGACUGCUGAGGCGUAUCUUGGCAAAAAGGUUACACAUGCUGUUGUCACUGUGCCUGCUUACUUUAAUGAUGCCCAGCGUCAAGCCACAAAGGAUGCUGGAACUAUUGCAGGGCUUAAUGUGAUGCGUAUUAUCAAUGAGCCAACUGCUGCUGCUAUUGCUUAUGGUCUAGACAAAAAGGAAGGCGAGAAGAACAUUCUUGUCUUCGAUCUGGGUGGUGGUACCUUUGAUGUGUCCCUGCUUACGAUAGACAAUGGAGUCUUUGAAGUGGUGGCUACCAAUGGGGACACUCAUCUGGGAGGAGAAGACUUUGACCAGCGUGUAAUGGAACACUUCAUCAAGCUCUACAAAAAGAAAACUGGCAAGGAUGUGCGCAGAGACAACAGGGCUGUCCAAAAGCUUCGCCGUGAAGUUGAAAAAGCCAAGAGAGCCUUGUCAUCUCAACAUCAAGUUAAGAUUGAGAUAGAAUCAUUCUUUGAAGGAGAAGACUUCUCUGAAACACUUACACGUGCUAAGUUUGAGGAACUUAACAUGGAUCUCUUCCGUUCCACCAUGAAACCAGUACAAAAAGUGCUUGAAGAUGCUGACCUGAAGAAAUCUGACAUAGAUGAAAUUGUGUUAGUGGGAGGUUCUACGCGUAUUCCUAAAAUUCAGCAGCUAGUUAAAGAAUUCUUCAAUGGCAAAGAACCAUCUCGUGGCAUUAAUCCUGAUGAGGCUGUGGCUUAUGGUGCUGCUGUUCAGGCUGGUGUACUCUCUGGAGACCAGGACACUGGUGACUUGGUUCUUCUUGAUGUGUGCCCUCUUACACUCGGUAUUGAAACUGUUGGUGGUGUCAUGACUAAGCUGAUCCCUAGGAACACUGUUGUGCCUACAAAGAAGUCACAAAUUUUCUCCACAGCUUCUGAUAACCAACCUACUGUCACAAUUAAGGUUUAUGAAGGUGAGCGUCCGUUGACCAAGGAUAACCAUCUUCUGGGCACUUUUGACCUUACUGGUAUUCCUCCUGCUCCCCGUGGUGUUCCUCAGAUCGAAGUAACAUUUGAGAUUGAUGUUAAUGGUAUCUUAAGGGUUACAGCAGAGGACAAAGGUACUGGCAACAAAAACAAGAUAACGAUUACCAAUGAUCAGAAUCGACUAACGCCAGAAGACAUUGAAAGAAUGGUCACUGAUGCAGAGAAGUUUGCUGAAGAUGACAAGAAAUUGAAAGAGCGGAUUGAUGCACGGAAUGAGCUUGAAAGUUACACUUAUUCAUUGAAAAAUCAAAUAGGAGACAAAGAGAAACUUGGUGGAAAGUUGUCAUCUGAAGACAAGGAAACCAUUGAAAAGGCAGUAGAAGAGAAAAUUGAAUGGUUGGAGAGCCAUCAAGAAGCAGACAUAGAAGAAUUCAAGACUAAAAAGAAGGAGUUGGAGGAUAUUGUUCAACCAAUUGUUGGUAAAUUAUAUGGUGGGGCAGGUGGACCACCUCCUGAAGGAGAUGACCAUGAGAAGGAUGAGUUAUAGGCCUAUUGUAUGACCCUUUGGCUACUGUAAAUACUGGACUCAGGAACUUUUUUUUGUUGAGAGAAUAUUUGAACAUUUAGAUACUCAAAUUUUCAUGUGGAUUCUUCACUUCAGUGGAGACAAAUGCUAAGCUGUUAUGGCUGUUUACUGCUUUUCGUUAGCAGUUGUUCAUCCAGAUCACUAUUUUUGUUUGGUGACUUCCCAGAGGGAGGGUGGGUCUGGUAUUUGGGAGGGUAGGGUAUAAAAGGUUGCUCAAAUGUUUUAUUUAUUUGAAAUAUUUUGGUCAUGUUCGUUCUAAGUAGAAAUUUUUCUACCCUUCAAUGACCACAAUAAAUGUUUGAUAAUUAAACUA